CCUGCUCAUACUUCACUGUAUUCACAAGUAUGGAACUUAUUCUGAAUAUUGCAACUAAACUCAUACACCAUCGACAACUUUAUUAUGUUCUUUUUCGGCAGCGUCAUUUGAUCAUAUUUAAUCAACACCAUGAGCGAAUUACAAUCAAACGCUUCUGAGAAACGGGGGAGGCAUGGCGAUUCACAAGGUGACGAUUGGGAGCUGCAAGACAAUACUAAAACAAACGCUAUCGAGUCACGAACGACCAUGAAGGCAAGAACUGUGGAACGUGCAUCAUCCAUGCCGCCAACAUCUGGUUCUCCGACUAUGUAUCACUUCAACCCUUUGGCAAAUGGUUAUAUCCGAGUACUUCAACUCAUGCCACAUCCGGAUAAAUCUGCCCCGAUACAAUGUCAACUCAUCGAUCACUCUAUUCUUGACGCAGACCCAGGGGCAGGGCCCCAUCUCUAUGAAGCUAUAUCUUACGUUUGGGGCUCAUCUGAGAAAGCUUACAAAGUCUAUACGGAAAGGGGUUUCAUUCCCAUCACGCAAAAUCUUCACGCGGUCCUGUUACGUCUCCGCGAUUGCACCUUUCCACGAAUCAUCUGGGCUGAUGGUAUUUGCAUCAACCAAAAUGAUUUGGCGGAGCGUGCCUCUCAGGUUCAAAUGAUGGCAAUGGUAUAUGCGAAAGCAACCCGUGUGACUGUCUGGCUUGAGGAACCACAAGGAGGUAGUUGCGAACUCGACGGAGGAACCAUAACCAAUGGCGACCAAGCACUGGAAGCGUUACGCGUUGCUGCACAGAAGCAGCCCACCAAUUCUCGUCAAGUCGAUAAAGUACUCGAUCAAGCAGCCCAGAGAGAAAUUCUCGAAUUUCUGCAGCGCUCAUGGUUCCAGCGAGUCUGGGUACUCCAGGAGAUAUCUGCAGCCCGGCAAAUCCUCGUCAUGACUUGGAGCAACGAAAUUGAGGGUUACGCGUUUUACUUAGGCUUACUAGCCGUUAAUGUCGCCUUGAAGGACUAUAACACGCAACAUCUAGUCCAUUCUCUGACUUAUCUGCUCGAGGACUUGCUCUUCCGACCCAAAUAUGUCAGUCCUCGCAUGAACAGGUUUUCCCUCGAUAUGGCACCUCUCGGUCAACUAAUUGAUCUCUAUUAUACCCGAAAAGCCACCGACCGCCGAGACAAGGUCUAUGCCUUGCUCGGAAUGAGUUCUGACAUUUACAGCCCACAUAGCCUAUCGGUUAACUACACGAUCUCAUGGGGACACCUCUUUCGUCAGCUCGUUCAGUUUGUUUUUGGCCAAGAAACAUUCGUAGACACUUGGGACGAAGAAGAGGUUGCACUGAUCAGGACCAAGGGCUAUAUUGUCGGCAGAGUAACGGGGCAUUCAACUGGAAAUAACAUUGGAUCGAGUGGGAAAACCCUUCUGUCUUUGAGCACUGUGUUCUCAAAACGCCUCAAGAUUUCAAAAUAUUUACCCAAGAACUAUAUUUGGACAGCCCCUGGUCCUAUGUUCUUUGAUUAUUCAUUUAAACCCCUUCCCAGGCCUCUACGCCAGGGGGAUAUUAUUUGUUUCUUGGAAGGAGCAUCCGAGCCAACAAUCAUCCGAAUGUAUAAGGAUUAUUGCGAGCUGAUUACUGUCGCUCUGACGAAUACUGGGGGCGGAAAUUCUACGAUACCAUUCGAUAUGCUACGAGACCGUAUAAUACCUGAGCAAGGCUCUCCUGUGGACCUCCUGCUUCUUUGGGAUUGGAAUGCUCCCUUGAUAGUUCCAGACAACUGCGAGAACUACGAGUUUCUACAGCAUCGAGUAAUUGAUCGCUUAAAUAGUAAGCCCCGAAAUCACUCAGGUGAGGCGGCGAGGCUCCAUAUCACGGGUUUGGUACACUUGGACUUGAAUGAAGAAACGGAUGCGUGUGAAUUGCUUCUAAGAGCAAUCAACUGUUAUGAGAAGGAAUUGGGAAUAGAGCUUCCUGAUGUACUGAAAGCUACAGAUCUUCAUGGUGAAGGUACAGUCCGACGCUUGGCGAUAAUAGGGAGAAUUCUCGGUCACAAAAGUGACGGCCUCAGCAUCACACAAAAUGAUAUCCUUGAGGUCGCGAUGGAGCAUGAUGUAGAGCUGAUGAGAUUACUUCUUCGCCAGAAGGGGAACGAGGUCCAGAUCACUGAAGCGGCUCUCGAAGAAGCAGCUGGAAACAAGCUUUUCGACAUCGAAAUAAUGACCUUCCUUGUUGGAAAAGCUGAGAAAACCAUGAUUAACGAAAGAGUUCUUAUCAAAGCAAUAUGCUCUGGCCGGAGCAUACCAGACCUAGUAGAGCUACUCGCCUUGCUUCUUCGCCGUCAGGGCGAUAAAGCCGCUGUCACAGAGACGGUGCUAAUGGAAGCAGCACGACAAGGAGUGGGCGCAGCAGACAUCAUGACCUGCCUCCUUGCCCAACAGGUCGACAAGCCUUAAUAACAGAUCAAGUUCUCACGGAAGAAGUACAAUAAGGAGAAUAUACGAAGGGGUUAUUAAUCGUGUUGCUGACAGAGGUCCUUGCAGCAGCAACAAAAUAAGGGAGAAACACAGAAGGGUUGAUGAAUCUACUCCUUAGCCAAUGAUUUGGGAAGCUAGUUCUGAUCAGAAGAGAGAGUCCUUGAGUCAACAAUUCGAACGGAAAGAACACACGAAAAACUCAGUCAGCUUAUCAUUCCAUGAGAUUAUAUGAGCGUCAUCCCAGAACAGGCACCCAGGAAAAUAGUGUAUAACAGACCAG